UGGGUGGUAGAGAGUGGUGGUGGUGGGUGGUAGAGAGUGGUGGUGGUGGGUGGUAGAGAGUGGUGGUGGUGGGUGGUAGAGAGUGGUGGUGGUGGGUGGUAGAGAGUGGUGGUGGUGGGUGGUAGAGAGUGGUGGUGGUGUGGUAGAGAGUGGUGGUGGGUGGUAGAGAGUGGUGGUGGGUGGUAGAGAGUGGUGGUGGUGGGUUGUUGAGUGAGGGGUCACUCAGGGGGUGGUGGUGUGGUAGAGAGUGGUGGGUUGUUGAGUGAGGGGUCACGCAGGGGGUGGUGUGGUAGAGAGUGGUGGUGGUGAUGUGGUAGUGGUGGGUGGUGGUGGGUUGUUGAGUGAGGGGUCACUCAGGGGGUGGUGGUGUGGUAGAGAGUGGUGGUGGUGGUGGUAGAGAGUGGUGGGUUGUUGAGUGAGGGGUCACUCAAGGGGGUGGUGGUGUGGUAGAGAGUGGUGGUGGGUGGGUGGUGGUGGUGGGUUGUUGAGUGAGGGGUCACUCAGGGGGUGGUGUGGUAGAGAGUGGUGGUGGGUGGUGUGGUAGAGAGUGGUGGUGGUGGGUGGUGUGGUAGAGAGUGGUGGUGGUGGGUGGUGUGGUAGAGAGUGGUGGUGGUGGGUGGUGUGGUAGAGAGUGGUGGUGGUGGGUGGUGGUGGGUUGUUGAGUGAGGGGUCACGCAGGGGGUGGUCUCGGGGUCACUGAGCGAUCUCGCCUCGUGGUGGACAUCGCCAACCGCAGGGCCACGCAGCAGGCAGGCGGGGGACUUCGCCACCGUCUAGGGCAGCGCUGAUUGGGUCGGUAAAUCGAGCCACUUGGGGGUAGUGGUGGUGCUAGUGCUGGUUGGUGGUGCUAGUGGUGGUGGUGCUAGUGCUGGUGGUUGGUGGUGCUAGUGGUGGUGGUGCUAGUGGUGGGUGGUGGUGGUGCUAGUGGGUAUCCAGCUGUGAGCUUCACCGAUUGGUCACCUUCCAGGGUCACCAAUUGACCCCAUUCGGCGUCGUUGGUGACCCCCAGCCCCCGUCGAUUCAUUCAUUCAUUCGUCGGCCGAGGCCGAGAGAGGGGGCCUUGCUGGGGGCUCUGUCGGCCACCCCGCCUGGCCACGCGUCGGCCCGCCACGGGGUCGCCCGUCUCGUCGCUCGGCCACUUGGCGAGGCACCAAGGCCACCACCGGUCGUGUCAGCGGCUGGGACACAUUCCCCGCCUGCCGGGGAAGUCCUCGGGUGACCCGUCGACCCGCUCGCGGCCUCGUCUCUCGGGGGCCCUCCCGGGCCACCGGUCGCAUCGCCUGUUCGGUCAUUCGCGGGCCCCCCUGUUGGGGUACCAGCUGCGUGCCGGUCUCGAGUGCCGGUCGCGUCUGGCCAUGUCUGGCGGGGUGGUGGCCGUGGCUGGCGGCGGUGGCGGCGGUGGUGGCGGUGGUGGCGGCGUGGUGACCGCGGGCCCCACGGCCGUGGCCUCGAGCCGGGCCCGUCUGUACGCGGACGCCAACACGCACCGUGCCCGCGACUACUGGGACUACGAGGCCCACGUGGUGGACUGGGGGAACCAGGACGACUUCCAGCUGGUGCGGAAGCUGGGACGGGGGAAAUACAGCGAGGUGUUUGAGGCCAUCAACAUCACGAGCAACGAGAAGGUGGUCGUGAAGAUCCUCAAGCCGGUUAAAAAGAAGAAGAUCAAGCGGGAAAUCAAGAUCCUGGAGAACCUGAGGGGAGGUCCCAACAUCAUCUCCCUCGUCGACAUCGUCAAGGACCCCGUGUCCCGCACGCCUGCCCUCGUGUUCGAGUUCAUCAACAACACAGACUACAAGCAACUCUACCAGACCCUAUCGGACUUCGACAUCCGCUUCUACAUGUACGAGAUCCUCAAGGCUCUGGAUUUCUGCCACAGCAUGGGCAUCAUGCACAGGGACGUGAAGCCUCACAACGUGAUGAUCGACCACGAGAGCAGGAAGCUGCGUCUCAUUGACUGGGGACUCGCCGAGUUUUACCACCCGGGCCAGGAGUACAACGUGCGCGUCGCCUCGCGCUACUUCAAGGGCCCGGAGCUGCUGGUGGACUACCAGAUGUACGACUACAGCCUGGACAUGUGGAGUCUGGGCUGCAUGCUCGCCUCCAUGAUCUUCCGCAAGGAGCCCUUCUUCCACGGACACGACAACUACGACCAGCUGGUGCGCAUAGCGCGGGUUCUGGGAACAGAAGACCUCUUCAACUACAUUGACAAAUACAACAUCGACCUGGACCCGCGAUUCAACGACAUCCUGGGCAGGCACUCGCGCAAGCGCUGGGAGCGGUUCGUGCACAGCGAGAACCAGCACCUCGUGAGCCCGGAGGCGCUCGACUUCCUGGACAACCUCCUGCGCUACGACCACCAGGCGCGGCUCACGGCGCGCGAGGGCAUGGAGCAUCCCUACUUCUACCCCGUGGUGAAGGAGCAUGGCCGCAAGGGAUCGUCUGCCGGCCUCUUCAGCAGCAGCAGCGGCGGUGGCAGCAACGUGGCCAGCAACGUGGCGGCCAUCAACUCUCCCCGCGGGAGCCUGACGGCCGUGGGCUCGAUGCUGUCCCCUGCGAACGCCGCGGGGGGGGUCCCCGUGACCCCCGCCACCGCCAUCGCCGGGGCCCCCCAGUGACCGAUCCCCGGGGGACCCCCAUCCCCCCACCCCCCCGCCACUCCCCCCCACCGACAAGAUGACACGGACACACGCACACACACAGAGGACGAUCGCACGCCCCCCGCGCUGUCGACCGGGAAACAAAACAACGCAGAGACUCACUCGGCGGUGGGGAGGAGGAUGGAGAGGAGGUGGACUGAGGGCAGAGGAGGUGGACGGAGAGCAGAGGAGGUGGACGAAGAGGAGAGGUGGACAAAGAGGAACGGGGCCUCUCUGUGCCCGAGGGCGCGUGGAGCACGAAGCCACCACCACCACGCUCCGAGACAGCACGCGGAACUGCUCUCGAAUUUUAUCCGCGGCGUAGAUUCGGCGCGAAGCCGCCCGCGGUGGGGUGGUGGAGGGGGGAGGGGGGAGGGGGGCGUAGAGGAGUCACCGACCUCGUCAGUGACUCCUCUACGCAGUCAAGUCUGGCAGAGAGCAUCGGAGAGUUUGAGAGAGUUUGAGAGUUUGGGGGUAUCUGGGAGAGUUUUGUGAAGGGGUUCUAUGGGGGGGGGGGGGGGGUAGGAAGUUUGGGGGAGAGUUGGGAUGAUAUCGGUAGAGUAUUGGAGAGCUUGCAAGUGUUGCAGGGAGUUGGAAGAGUCUGGGAGAGUCUGGGAGAGUUUGGGGGAAUCUGAGAGAGUUUGGGGAGCCCGGCUGGUGGCUUUGCCGUCAUCGUUGCGCCGAGUCGGCUUUGGAGUUGGUGACCCUGCACCGUGGCUGGGCCCUCACUGUGGGUCGCGUGCGGUUGGGGGGACGGUGUUCCCACAGAGCACAGUGGGGGUGGGACGAGCGGGGGGGGGGCGAGGGGGGUGGCGUCGAGUUUGCAACGUCGUGAGAUGCCGGGUUCGCAUUCGGGAGUCUGCCGUGCGUGGUGAGACCGGCCGCUCCCAGCGCAGAGACUCGGUCUCAGCCCGGACUGCACACAAAGCAUCGUUUUGUCGUAAAAUUGGGCUAAAUUCCAGCGGUUGAAAGCUCACAGGUCGGCGUGCGAUGAACACGCGUGUCGCGACGCGUGUCGCGACGCGUGUCGCGACGCGUGUCGCUACUCGCGCGUGCAGUGCUCCAAGACGUUUCCCCACCACGUAAAGGAGGGCAGCACGAACAAACACACAAUUGGUCAGUGUCGUUAUUGUUUUGUAAACCUCACGCGCAAUGUAAACCGGUCUUGGCCAAACGUCCGCAAGUGCUGAAAAAUUACGAGCAGAAUAACAACAACGAUGUAUUAUUGUUAUAUAAUAUAUUAUUGUUAUUAUUGUAACUCCUUAGCAGGGCGUAUGGAGAGGCUGCCCCCGCAGGCGAGGGAGUUUACUUGAAGCAGCUUCGGAAGCGGCUGCUGUAACCCGCCCCCGUCCGCGCUCGCCGUUACUCGCAAGCUGGUAAACGACCGCUCGCCGUUACGAAAGGGAGGGGGUUAAAGUCUCGGCAAUGGAACACAAACAACCACAAACGAUAUCGGGAUCGUGGUGGAGCUUGGAGGCGGAAUUUCAGCGGUGAAAGUGAGGCCAAAUUGAUUCGAUUCGGAGCGAGGCCAAGGUGUUGAGGUUUGGAGGUUACCGGGGUGAGAAGUCGACAAGAGACCAGGAUAGGGGAGUCUCUCAUUCGUCACCGUGAUAUUCGGGUGGGGGUCAUCGAAAUGACAAACGCAAAAAUAAAAAAAACUCCUCUAUCGCCCCGGGGAAUCGGAAAUGUUCCGAACGUGACGCCGAGUGCGGUGUGCUUCCCCCCGGCUCCUCCUGCACCGCGGUGCCCCGAGUUGAAAUCUCCACCAGAUUCUCUCCGCCGACUCUCACCGGGACGCUCUGCCCACGGCAACAACGCCUCGCCGUCACGCGCGGCCCCCACACCCCCUCCCCACCUCCGCCGUCCUCAAUCCGCUGCUGGAUGGACCCCCACCCCCACCCACCCCUUGCGCCGGGUUGGUCAUUCGGCCACGGGGGAAUGUUUGGCCACGCUUCCCCCGGCUGGACUGUUGGGGUCAAAGCGGUUUGACCUCUGCGACGGCCGUCCAAUAUUGCCCCGGUCACUCGAGAGGUCGUGGGCCGUAGUGCCGUGUGAUCCCGCUCGGUCGUUGCGCAUCCGAUUACUUUAGUAUUCAUUCUUGUUUUGAGUUAGCGUGGGGGGGGGGGGGGGGGGAGGAGGGAGCGGUGGUGCAGCGGUGGUCCUGCGUGACCCACCAACCCCCCGCCGCCAAAAAGCAGUGGAUCUCGACAGCCCUUUGCCGAUCCACCGCUGGACGAAGGCUUUCCUUGCGCGCAGCGUCGACCAUACUUCGCCGGACCGGUUCCGGUGUCGCUCCCCGCUCCUCUCGCUCGCCGCCGCCCGGAAUCGAACUCUGGGGUCCGUCGUCGCCGCCGCCGCGAGAGAUUCGAGAACAGACGGAGACGCGGGGGCUUGCCGCAUCUCCGAGGCCAAGCAGGGGACGGAGCCAGCGGCCGGGUCCUCCCGGCUCGCGUCGCUCCGCUGCUGGAUGAGGGAUUCCUGGGUGCGAGCGCGCGUGCGGGCGUGCGCGCAGGCGUGUCCGUAGGGGUUAAGUCGACAGGACCUCGUCAGGCCGGACGCUCUGUGGGUCGGUAACAGCAGCGGUGGGCGUGGUUGUGUGGGGGGGGGGGCGUAGAAGUACAAUACAACAGUGGGUUGUGCCCGCGCUCGGCACAUGGACAGCGGCUGAUGGGAAGGAAGCCGAGCUGCGUCGUGGAUCGGCCGUCAACCUUUUGAUCUGGGCGGGCGCCAGUCGCCCCUUUCGUCGCCCCAGCGUUUUGGAUUUGGCAGCCGUCUUGAGUGUCCACUUUGUUUUAAAACCGGGGAGGACGGGCGGCGGUCAGUCGGCAGGUCGCGUGCGGUGGUGCCGCCAAGUGUGGGGUCAUCUCCCCCACCUCUUCCAAGACACUGGGAGAGUUGGCCAAAUACCAUCCCCAGGGGUGUCUCUCUCUAGAGGGCGAGCUGUUGCAGGGCUGCACCUUUGCCCCUUCGCCGUGGUUAAAGUUCCGGCCCUUUGCCAUUCCAUGAUCAGUUUGCAACCCCGAUCCAGCGGCGGCAAUUCCACAUUGGCGUGGUGUGUGGUCCACCCAUCCGCGCAUCGACGAACUGGUGUCGUAUCGGUCGCUGUAGAGACCCAUUGCCGGUUAGUUCAUGAAGAGGCGAGAGCCCGGUGAACUUGGGCAGCGAGGUGAUGAUGGCCCAAUGUGCCGUCACGCCCAGCUCACGAUCGGUGGGGGGAGUGAGCGGGGGGGGGUGGACGUCACUGAAAUUCUGAGCUGUCAACGCGAGAGCGAGGUGGUGGUGGCGGUGGUGGUGGGGUGGUGACCGUCUGUGGGGAGCGGCAGGACAUCUCGCGAGUUCGCUUUGCAAGGCGCUCUGGUGCAAGUAGAGAUGGCGCGGCCGCUGCCUGCCUCCACGAGAGUGCGACUCGCAGCGACUGCGGCUCGGGACGAGAGAGAGAUCUCCGUCAAGGUGACGGGCAACGGGUCUCUGUGAAGCUGCAAGUCGGUGAUUGUACCUGUGUGAACGCAAUAGAUGUCCACGGCCACAGAUGGACCUCUGACGGUCGGAGCUGCGGUCACUGCGACGUGUCCGCUGUGAGCUGAGCAUCUUGGAUGUUGUCUUCCCAACGAGAUGGAACGAGGCGGGCACCUUGCCGACGUCCGAUUGGUCGGUUUGGCGUAAGGGGGUCCAACCCCCAGUGUUUGGACACAACCACGUAGCGUGCAACACUUUGAGCAGAGUGCAGCCUUAACCCCCCGCCCCCGCUCCACCAGCCCAGUGAGCCGACUCCGGAUUAUUCGAAGCUCCACAAAGUUAAAGAGACGCGCCUCCAGCACGUGCCCAGUGUGUAUCAGAGCGGUAACAAAUUGGGUCUCCCACACAGACACACGGCGACACCGCCAUUGUAAGACGCACUCCACCUUCCCCUUUAAAAUACGACGGAGGGGAGGGAGGUUGUCACGCGUUGAGAAAGCGGCCGCUGCUUGGGGGUGGACGCAAACUCGCGAGCGUGAGGAGUCCUCCAGGUGGACGCCGCCACCUUUGCCUCCUCCCCCCACCGCGCUCGGAUUUCAGCCAAUAGGAUGGCAGGAAAAGUCAGCCGAUUGUGACAGUGUUGUGGUGGGGGGUGGGGUUUUGCUUGGUCGUUUUGCGUUUUGUUUUCGCAAACAGUUGCACGCGACCGGUCGCGCGCAACCUGCGCAGGACCGGCUGCCCGCGGCAGAGACGCUCGCAUUUGCACCGCCACGCGCGGCUGCGGUCGUCGUGAACUUUGAACGCGGCCGCUUUAAAGUUGCCUCGCCGCUCGCUCGGGACGUGGGGCGACGCGCCGAGAAGCAGCAGCGACCAUCGGUGCCGCGUGACUCGGUGGCUCUCCGGGGGGAGGAGGGCCGAGGGUGAUGGGAGCCGCAACGAAGUUGAAUUUCGCCUCGCGAGCGGAGACGUCGGCUGCUCAGAGGGCAGACGACGAAUGCGUGGAUCUAGACACCCCCCCCCGCCCCUAACCCCCCCUCCCUCCCUCCCCACCGUGUUUGUUGUGCUGUGCAGAUU